AACCUUAGAUGAUGAUGAACCGUUUCUAUCUUUGCUAUUUCCCUCAAUGGAUUCAAAGUGAUUGACUGUAAUCAUGAGUACAAACAUGGCUGGAUGUGUACUGGGGAUAGCCUACUCUCUUCUGCUCCUUGCUUCUUUUCUCCAAGGAACUGAGAAUGCUGAGCUGUUUGUUUAUGAAACAAUGGAAGCUGUGGUGGGUCAGAACAUUACCUUACUUUGCUACAUGAAAGAUGCUGCUGAUCACAAGAUUGUCAACGUUAAAUGGAUGAAAAGUAAUGGAGCAAACCUUGCUGUGUAUAACCUCAAUUAUGGACCUUACCAUUUUUGGCCUAAUGUGACCAUCCAAGAGAAGAAAAAUGAUGCAAACAAGUUAAUUGGUUCAUAUCUACACCUUCCUUUGGUGAACAAAUGGGACAGUGGCAUCUAUAUCUGUGGUAUCUCGACAUUUCAUUUAGGUUCUUUUACGAAUAAAACAAAGUUAACAGUUAAAGAUGAGCUCAAACUAUUGUGCAAUACUGAGAAACUUGUUGAGCUUCACAUUGGAGACAACGCAACAGUUAAAUGCACAGUCAACUCCAAAGCACAGUACAUGUGGACCAAGAACAACAAAUUUGUGUCAGACAAUGAAUCCCUGGAGCUCUGGGAGGUGACAGAAGCCCAUGCAGGAAUUUACAACCUGGAAGUCAACACAGGAGACAAAAGUCUGCAGAAAGAUUUUAUUAUUUCUGUGCUGACUAUAACCACCAUUUUAAGAACAGGUCCAACAGAGUCAACUGAGCAACCAACUAAUUCAUUGCACACCAGCGCUGCAAUAUCAUUAGCCACCACACUUUCAACAGACACACAAUGGACCACUCAACCAAGCUCCAGCACUGUUAGAGUCCCUGCUUCAGGGCAUUUAACCCCUCUGGCAUCUUUAACAUCUGUCAGUGCCCCAUUAUCCCCUGACAUCCAAACAAUCACCCAUCCCCUACAAAACUCCAGCAUGUUGAAUGAUGACGUGACAGAGCUCACAUCAACACAGAGAAUCGCUACUGAUGUCACGAAGAAUGAAUUCAGAUUUAACAGACAGUCCACAGAGAACAUUUUCUCAAUGAGCACCACGGAGUCCGGGUUAGCAGGAAGCAUAGAAAGUACUGGAACAACUUCUACUGUCCUUAGUACCAGUACCAGUACAAAGACAGACACCGAACGGAGUCGUAUCCUGUUGGUGUUCAUCAUCGUUCUGUUGCUGCUAUUGAUUCUCGUGGUUGUAAUUCUUUACAAGAAACAACUCAUAAAAAAGAGGAUGGACCUACCGCCCCCAUUCAAGCCUCCCCCACCUCCUGUCAAGUACACUGCUGCAAGACGAAGCGAGACGCAGCUUUACCCCACUUCGAGGUGCAACUCUUUGUCAGCUCCUACGAGACCAAUUUUUGUAUGAUAGACAAAUGUUAUCUUGUUUUUUAUGACAGCAAUGACUGUUGUAUUUGUCUUGGUCAGCUGAAAGGUGUUUCAUGCAGAUAGAAAAUAUUUGUGCUUUUGCUGCGUGGACGUAUGUGCCAGAAUUUUUUUCCUUAGAGCAGGACAGUGCAUUUUUAUGAGCUCACAUGCAGACUCCACCCUCUACAUCACAUUUAUUGGCACUGCCAAUUUGGCACCUUUAGGAAGCAUGUGAAAAGAGUCUUGAAAUAAAUUACUCUUGAUUGCAAUUGAGUAAUCUUAAAGGGCUAGUUCAAAAUUAAUAAAUAAAUAUAGCCCUGUUGUUAUAAUUCCCACUGGUGGUGAGAUACUUAAUAUCUCACCACCAGUGAUGUGCAAUGAAUUGCUGCCUUGUUUUAAAUCAAAUUUUUAUAAAUAUAAAAAAAGAAUGUAAUUUAUGUUUUCCUGUCUGUCAAAGGCUGACAGAUUAUUUUAAUCUUGUAGCUGGAAUUGCUUGUAAAUCUAGGGUGUGUAACUGCACCAAUAGGCAUGAAAGAGCAAUACUUUCAACAACCAUUGUGUUGUCACAAAUAUAUCUGAAUAUUGGUUCAGAUUUAAUAUUUCUCAAAUAUUUAAUUCUACGAUUACAUUCCAUUACUGCCCAAUGUUGUAAAAAAGCAACAAACCAAAAAAUAAAAAAUAAAAAAAUACAAAAGUUUUUGUUAAGUUUUUGGAUAUUUUUAGUGCACAAUUACUAUUAAUUAAUACAAUUUAUCGAAUUUAUCAGUCAAAAUAUUUGCUCUUCUCUUAACGAGCACUUCCGCAUUUCGAAAACAGAUGUAGUUCACACCGAAUCCACUAGAUGGGGUCAAAAUACACAUUCCUAAUUGGGAGAUACAGCCACCACCAUUAGUGGGAUAGAUGUACACUGUGAUGUAUCAAGACGAUUAAAUACAAUAUGUAUAUUUUUUUAAGACACGAUAGUUGUUUUUAUUGGUUGUGUAUGAACCACUUGUCUUUGAGUUUUUUUUUUGUACAUAUGAAUAUUGCACUUUUAGUGUUUUGGCUGAUUCUAUCAAAUGCAGUAAGUUCAUAAAAGUUGUAAAUAAAAGAAAAAUAAUGUUGACUCUGAUUGAGACAUUUUUUAGGGCUUAUUUUAUGCCUGUAAAUUGUAGAAAAUCUCGAUGUUUUCUUCUAGAAGACUUGUUUGUUUUCUAUUUGUUUCCUGCAUCCUCUAUUGACCAACCACUGUCAUCUGUAUAAAUAUACAGUAUUUAUGUUUUCCCAUCUUUAUAACCAGUGAAUUAGGAUUUCCUGUCAUGAGGACAUUGGAGAUCUUCUGGUGUAUUUUAUAUGGUGUAUAUAGCCAGAAGUCCAAUUUUAAUACUACUUGUAAAGCAAGGUUAAACCCCAGAAACUACAUUAAGUUAACAUAUUCACCACACAAUCCCAAAGACAAGGCAUAAAUUCUCACUUUUUAGAUGAAAUAUUCAACAAGUGAUAAAGGUUAGACACGUGCAGUGUCAGUCAGAAGUUUAAAUACAUGCAUCACUGGCAUGGAGGCCAUCUUCUUUUCAAAACAAGAAAUGAUUGGCAUCUCAUUCAUCCACCUUGUGUGAAGUGCUGGUAUCUAUGUCAGCAAAACAGCCCUAUCCACCAUGCUUGACUGAUAGUGUUCAUAAAAGCUAUUGUAUUGCCUGUAAGCUUUUCUCCAGAAGGCACUUUGCUUAUGCAUAUGUACAGUUAUAAAUUUCUGAAAGGUGGGGGGAAAGCAGUAUUGUUCUUCACACUAUUCAAUAGAUCAAUUACAAACCCUGAUGAUGUAACAAAUUAUGUCAAGGAUCAAUAGAAGCUAGUUGGUAUGUUUUAAGGUGAGUUUUGCUGUACUAAGUUUGUUUACAGUUAGUAUAAAGACAAAAGUGAUCUUUAAAAUAAAGUUUAUAUAUACACAUUAGAUGUCACAACUUCAGGUCUUUAUGUUAAAGUUGAACCAGGAAGAUAAGAUUUCUUGUUCAAUAUGCUUUUGUCUACACGUUUGGUGAACUUUUCUUUCACGCCUCAGCCUCUCUUAGCAUUCGGAAUUAACUUACCCUUCUUUAUGGGCAAGCUAAUUCUGAAGUUCUGUUAAAACUUUAUGAGGCUGACUGAAAACUUGUACAGUCUCAGCAAAUAUAUGUAAUCAUGUGACAGAACCCUCUCGUAGCUACAGUAUCUUAAUAGGAAGACUUUUUGUGGUUUCCUGCUAAGAUAGUAUAUCACCUUGUUAAUUUUCACAAAUACACUCUAUAAUCUCAGCUGAGAGUGAACCAAAAACUCUCUAUGAGUUCAGCAUGAUUGACUACGGUAGAUUAAAGAUGGCUGGAAGUGUGCCAGAGAUAGCCUUCUCUCUUCUGCUCCUUGUCUCUUCAAUGCAAUGUAAUUUUGUGUUCAUACGAUGUUACAAUCAAGGUGCAAUUGUACAGACAGAACAAGUCUUUCGUUUAAUAUUGUUUUAAGUUUUGUAUGUCCCUACUAUUCAAAUAAAAACCCCAGUGAAUAAUGUGUUA